GCCUUAGCAAAGCAAACCGAGAUCUUUAUUCACUUCUAAAUUUUGUGAUGUUAUCUAUAAUUUUUAUAAGCUCAUCUCAAUUCCAUAGGGACUUAUAAAUGAAUGGUUUUUAGUUCAUACGAAAAUUUAUCAUCAUGUGGAAGUGCCACAAAUGUGGAAAACCUGUCUACUUUGCGGAACGCAAACAAUCUUUGGGGUAUGACUGGCAUCCUGAGUGUUUGCGAUGCGAAGAAUGUGGGAAACGAUUAAAUCCUGGUCAACAUGCAGAGCAUAAAGGCGUUCCAUAUUGCCAUGUUCCUUGUUAUGGAGCCCUUUUUGGACCUCAAUUAUUUGGUCAUGGUACACGAGUUGAGUCGCAUACCAGUUUUGGAAAAAAGGAAGUUCGCUCGACACUGCCGAGAUCGCAUUUGGAAUCGAAGUUGAAGGUCUUCAAUCAGUAUUAUGAAGGCAAAAGCGGUGGAAUUCGGAGCCGUGAGGUUAACGGACGCUUGAUUCUGGAAGGAGCAUUGAGAAUAUACUGGGGUGUUCGAGGAGUAAUUCACCUCAAAGAAGACGACGAUCAACGAACCGUAGUAACUGCUCGGCACAGAAACUCCUGCCGAAGAAGUGUCACUGAUGAAGAUGAGAAGGAUGAAGUAAUAGACACUUCGAAAGAUAUAUCAUCAGCGGAAAGUCACUUGGAAAGUGAACCAGAAUCAAUUCCAACCUCUCCAGAUCAUCUCAAAAGUUUGACUCUGCCAAUGAAGCUGGAAGUUAAAACUAUGGAGUGGGAUGAACUUGAUGAAUUGCUCCAGGUGGAGAGGAAAGUAGAAGAUGGCAAUAAACUGUAUUCGACAAUGCCAGAGAAUCUUCCGUCAAUUAGCUCACAUUCCAGUAACGACACGCCACCGCUUUCAGCCCGAUCAAGUCUUGAGAGUCAAGACAAGAAUGGAUCGGAGAUUAGUAGUCCUGGGACCCGAAAUAAUAAGGGGAGCGAAAGCAGUGUGAAUAGUACGCCGACACACAGUGUCGACUGUUCUUCUAGUACAGAGACUCCGGUUUAUCAUGGCACUCCAAACAAAAAUGGCACUCUUCGUCGAGUGGAGUACUACGAUAGUUUAGAGAAACAUAUAGCUAGCAAUAGAUCUAUCGAUAGUGAUCAGAGUUGGAUCGACAAGGGUUUGAAUCGCUCUAUGUCGGGACCAGAUUGUCUGCAGAGGCAUCGAAAUGACAGCGAUACCGAUUCUGUCAAUUCCCUUCACUUCAGAGAUGAUGAUAACUUGACUAUGUCCACUGACAGUGGAUUGGAGUUGGAUGGCGUUGUUCUACGACGAAAGCAAGGCUCGACAGCAAUCAGGCGUCGUCCAGGCGGAAGGCGUCAAUCUCGUAAUCGGCUUCGACGUCGCUGCUCAAUCAAUGGGCACUUUUAUAAUCGGGAAACGAGUUUUUUCACGCCGCCACACGGUUCACAGAUGUCCGUCUGGGUCACUAGUCUCGUGAGCACUCAGGAAGUUAUCAACCUGAUGCUUGACAAAUAUAAGGUCGAUGCUAAGCCUGACAAUUUUGCACUGUUUGUUGUUCGCGAUAACGGAGAGCAACGGAGACUUAGAGAUGACGAGUAUCCUCUGGAAGUAAGGGUAGUUUUAGGACCCCAUGAAAAUGUAGCACGUCUUUUUCUCGUUGACAAGCUCUCUACACUCGAAAUCAGUUCGGAUGUUGCGCAGUUUUUGAAUCUUUCUUUGGCAGAAUGCCAAGGAAUUUUACAACGUUAUCAUCAUGAGGAGGAAAGGCAAAUUUUACUUCUGAAAGAAAAAUAUAAGGAAAUGCGUCGGAGAAUAAAACAAAGAAUGGAGGAACUGAAAGUUCGAUUAUGAACAAAUGGACCAAGUUAUCGUUGAGAGUCUUCAAAUUUUUUAGUUACAGUGCAAUUCGCAUAAGAGAAGAUACUCUGUGCACACAAAGGAUUUGCAAGACCUUCCCUGAGGAAUUCCAAUUAGUUUUAUACGCGCAUUUUUCUGCGAGAGUUUAGGAUUUUAGUGGGAAAAAUAAUUCCUUGCAUGAUCAUUGACAUAUAGUUGAAGGUUAGCUAUCAACUCCAGUAAAAUACGCGCCUUAGAUUUAUUUACAGCAUCUUAGGCUAGUUUAGGUUUAUGUGCGAUUUUAAAAACUGGAUGUCUACAGUGAGCGAUUAGGCUAAUAUUUUUCACUUGAAAACAUAAUCUCUUGGAAGUUCAAUUGGUCGUAAAGUCAGCAUUUAUACUGGAGAAAGGGAUACACAAAAUUGACAUAUUGAGAUGAUUAGUUUGUAAUUUCAUUGACAUGUUUACAGGAGAUAAUGAUUUUUAUUUCGUCAGUCGCUCUAGAACAAUUUCUCAAUUUUUUAUACGGUUUAUAAUCCUAAUCAACUCUAGUCUUCGCUCUCUUUAUUCUUAAACCUUCUUAUAAAUGCGGCUUUGGAUUAUUACCUUCUGGCAUAUACAAUUUAAUGUUUUAAUAUAUCAUUGUGAAGUUUUUUUUUAAUUGAAUAUAUUACAAGACACGUAAUACUUAAUAGUCUGGCAGAAAUGAUCCGUGAAGAAGAUACUUUUCACGUAACAACUGUGAUUAAACAAGUGCAUCGUUCAGAAUAAAUAAUACUUAUAAUUUUUUUACUAAAAUGAAAUAAUAUUCAACAAUUGUUGACAGGAAGAAGAACAUUUGCCUCAAUUUUUCUUUUUAUCUAUUCGAAUCUAAUAUGCAUUAACUUUUUCUCUUUCUUAAUAUUUCAAGUUCUAUAUUCUAAUUAUAAUUAUUUUGUAUACUAUUUGCUAUUUUCUUAACUUUUCUGUAUAUUGGCGCAAUCCAGACUUAUCGAAUCUUUAUUUGCAUUUUUUAAUACACUACACUUUGUUGGUUCCAAAAAAGAGUAAAACAGAACAAUAAGUGUUAAACGUAUUUUCGAAUAUCAUAAUUAAUAAUAAAGAAAACCUGUGAUUUUAAAGCUUUGAUGAUCAGUGGAGAACAUAAUAACAAAAAAAGGUUGAUAUUUAGUGGAAAUUAAAACAGAUUUUUUAACGUUCGAGAAGUACAGUGUUAUGAAUUAAGAUUUGAUAUCAUAUAAUUAAUUUAAGGAUUAUUGUAACCAUGUCGCCGUUGACUGUGCGUGUCUGCAUUCACUAAUUUUCAGCUGAAUACUGAGUAGGAUAUCAAAAUUAACAAAUGUCUGCAUUUAGAUAAUGACUUUUUAGUCAGCAUUACUAAAAGUUACAUUGUUGCAACUCUGAUGCUUUGUUUCAACUACAAACAAAUUAGGAUGAUAGUAUAAUAAUCUAAGAGGCUAAAAGAAAUUAUUUCAUACCAAUUUCAUGAGAUUAAAAAAAUGAGAGUAUAAUCAAAUAAUUCAUUUUGUAGAGGCUAGUUUUUCUUAUAGUCAAUAUUUAACAUUUUUGUACAACUGAUACAACUUUUUCGUAAUAAAAUGCCAUAGCUGAUGAGUUUUAAGUUUUCUAUCUUUGUCGAAUUAGGACUCGUGAAAAAUUGAUUCGAAAACAUAACUGAAAACUAACGAUGCCAAUACGCACAUUAUUAUUUAAGGAAUUACCGCAUAGUCUGUUUUCUGUUAUUGAUUUCUAGUCAGUUAUUUUAUGCUUGCGAGCAAAAGUGAUUUCUACUCAUUGUAGAAAUACUAAUUUGCAUUGCAGUUUAAAAUAUAAUACUGUCUUAAUAAUUAAUGAAAAUCAUUUUAUGCGUUUUAAAUAUAAAUCUAGUGUGAAGGUAUUGCAAUUUUAUCUUUGCAAAUUUAUUUUAAAGGAACAUAAGCGAACUCUGUCAGCAUCGAACUCUGAGCAAGUAGUCAAUUUCAAAUACUCCGUACCAUGACCAUUUCAGCGAAUUUAACUUUACAAAUACUGCCUAAAGUUAAUUAGUGAAUGUUAUCAGAAAUUUAUAUGAAUCAUGUAAUGAAAAGUUGUAUACGAUUAAUAAAUAACAGCGUUGCUUUAUUGA